CGGAAGUUUCGGGAAGUGUGAGGAAAGCGGUCCGUCGAUAAACACAGACCGCCGACGUUGCGUACAGACGACGUGUGAAGGUGUAAAAUAAACAUUAAAUAAUUCAACGCUUUUUGAAAUCAUGCCCCCAGGUAAGAAUUUUAGGAGGAGGAAGGAAUCAUCCGACGAGGAAGAUGAUGAGACAAAAGCCGUGGUCAGGUCCAAACUGGGUGAAGCCAAGGAGCUUCAAAGUUUACGAAAAAGGCAACAUGGCGUAAGCAUUGCUACGUUACUUGUAGGAGAUACGCUUCAUUUGGAGGCUGAGCUCGAGGACGACCCAUUUAAACUGAAGACUGGAGGUGUUGUUGACAUGAAGAAAGUGAAAGACAGAAAUCGAGACAUGACAGCAGAUGAAAACGACCUGAAUCUUGGUACCUCCUUUUCUGCUGAGACUAACAGACGAGAUGAAGAUGCAGACAUGAUGAAGUACAUUGAGACCGAAUUAAAGAAAAAGAAAGGCAUGGUGGAGGCGGAAGAGCAGAAAGUGAAGGUGAAGAAUCCAGAGGACCUCCUGUAUGAGCUUCCAGAAAACAUCCGUGUCAAUUCUGCCAAAAAGACAGAAGAGAUGUUGUCCAAUCAGAUGCUGAGUGGAAUUCCAGAGGUGGAUCUGGGGAUAGAUGCAAAAAUAAAGAACAUCAUCAGUACAGAAGAAGCCAAAGCAAAGCUGCUUGCUGAGCAGAGGAAUAAAAAGAAGGACAGCGGGACCUCCUUUGUUCCCACGAACAUUGCUGUGAAUUACGUCCAGAAAACGCAUAAUCGCUUCUAUCAUGAGGAUGUAAACGCUCCCCAGAGACGACACAGAGAAGAACCCAAAGCCAGGCCACUACGAGUAGGAGACACCGAGAACCCAUUACCUGAGACUUCACCACCCAAUUACCGCAAGAGGCCAAAUAAUGAGAAGGCCACAGAUGACUACCACUAUGAGAAAUUCAAGAAGAUGAACCGAAGAUACUAAUCCUCCACCUUCGCUUCACAGCCACCUAGUUGGACACUUUUUUUUUUUCCCCCCUGUAAAAUGAGAGAUGUAAAUAUUUGACAUGCAGUUGUAAUAAUUUUACAAUAAAACUCCCCCCAAAACAUUGGUCAUCUUUGCAAACUUUAUAAAAUAGAACAUUUUGUUUUCAUAAUAAUGUACUCUGCACCAU